ACUUCUUGGACUGGACGGCAGCAUGUGGCUGGGCCAGACCAGGCGGCCCGGGCAGGUGGGAAGGUCCCUGUGCCCCCAUUGGUCUGAGGAGGGCUCCAUGUCCUUUCUGAGCAGGGGCCCAGCCUGGGGGAGGACAUUUAUACCCCUCCCCCUGGGCCCACCAGCCCAACUCCACACUGCCAGCCUGACCUCGCUCCCAGUGCAGCCGCCCGGAAGCUAGGCUCUAAGCCCAGGACCUCAAGAUGGGGGAUGAUGAGAAGCGAAACAGGGCCAUCACGGCCCGCAGGCAGCACCUCAAGAGCGUCAUGCUCCAGAUCGCGGCCACGGAGCUGGAGAAAGAGGAGAGUCGCCGCGAGACGGAGAAGCAGAACUACCUGUCGGAGCACUGCCCCCCGCUGCACAUCCCCGGCUCCACGGCCGAGCUGCAGGAGCUCUGCAAGCAGCUGCACGCCAAGGUGGACGCGGCCGAGGAGGAGAAAUACGACAUGGAGGUGAAGGUGCACCCCCGUGCCCCGCAGCUGGAGGACAUGAACCAGAAGCUGUUCGACCUGAGGGGCAAGUUCAAGAGGCCGCCGCUGAGGAGGGUGCGCAUGUCGGCCGACGCCAUGCUCAAGGCCCUGCUGGGCUCGAAGCACAAGGUGUGCAUGGACCUGAGGGCCAACCUGAAGCAGGUCAAGAAGGAGGACACCGAGAAGGAGCGGGACCUGCGCGACGUGGGCGACUGGAGGAAGAACAUCGAGGAGAAGUCGGGCAUGGAGGGCCGGAAGAAGAUGUUCGAGUCCGAGUCCUAGGCCCCCAGCGCCGCCAGGCCUGCGGGCGCCCUGGCUCCCAGCGGA